AUGGAUUCCAUUAAUAAACUGGCCUUUAGGGACGGCGCCCCCGAUCCCAUGCUUGGCGAUGAAACAUAUGAAUGGGAAGGAGGGUCCACCACUAUCGACCCAAGCCGCCUGCUACUAAGCAUGGAUCAUACGCCCCUGGGGGUUGGGGAAUUGACUGGCCUUUCUGUUGACACCGAUGACCGGGUGCGAGUGAGCGAUGAUACGAACGAAGCAGAAGAUCAUACGUCUGCUGUUGACUCUGCAUCUCCUUUAUCUUUUUCAUUGUCUGAUUUCUCGUCUUCUGUUAGUAAUGAAAAUGACUUCGACGCCAUGGACUUAGACCCCUCCGGGCCUUCAGCUACAGGUCUUUUGCCGGAACAUCCUCCUUCUUCAGGGCUCAAUCGUCAUAUCGGAUGGCAUGACAAAAAAUUGAAUUGCCCAUUACCAGAUUGUGACAAACGUUACCAGUACCAAAAAGAACUUGAGAAACACAUCUGGAGUCAUCACCCAAAAUGGGCGGAGGAUACCAACCGUAAGCCCAUUCGAACCAAAUGCAGGAUUUGCCAGGCCAUUUUAGAGAGGCCAGACAAUGCCAAGCGCCACAUGGAUGAAGUUCACAAGAAGAUAAAACGAAGACGAGGUCCCGGGGGGUAG